UUCUUUUGAGAUUUUAUUUUCCCACCAAAUUUCCCAAUUCUGAAAACGCAAACCCUAACUCUCUCAGGUCACUUUCUUCUGUCAAUCCGCCGUGCUUCCGCCGUGAGUCUGCCUCCGACGGCUCGUGCUCAACCAGUGUUGCGACAUUGAAGGCCACCGGUCUUUGGCGGGCUUAAGCAAAUGGAUGAUUACCAAGAACUGGAGAGAUUUGGGAUGGACAAGGACUUUGAGGAUGGCCAGUGGAUUGGUGGGGAGUUCUACUACAGCAAGCGCAAGGAGAAGCCCCUCCAGACCAAAGACGACGUGCUCUACGGCGUGUUCGCCGAAGACGAAGAAGACGAUGACUAUGGCCACCCUUCGUCUUCCUCUAGAAAGCGCCGCAAGGACCACCGCGAGGCUGACCUCAGCAAGCCUGUGAAUUUUGUGUCGACUGGCAUCGUCAUGCCCACCCAGGAGAUUGACAACCACUCCAAGAGAAAUUACGAUGGGCCUCCCGGCCUUGGUUUUGGGUCUUCUGCUUCUGCUGCUGCUUUAGACAAGGAAAACGACAGCGACUCUGUUGAAGCUGAAGCUGCGGCUGAGGCUGAAAUUGAAGAGGAGUUCUUGCCCACUGCCUUUGGGAAGAAGAUAAUUGAAGGAGCUCAGAAAAGAGAGAAGGAAAAGCAAAGGCUUAAACUGGAGAACAAGUCUCAGUCCCAAGGAGGAGGGAGACGUCAAUCUGAUUCCGGGGCCGCCGUCGGGGGUUUUGAGAAACACACGAAAGGUAUUGGGAUGAAGCUGCUUGAGAAGAUGGGAUACAAAGGAGGGGGUCUUGGAAAGAACGCGCAAGGGAUUGUUGCUCCCAUCGAAGCAAAGUUGAGGCCCAAGAAUAUGGGAAUGGGCUAUAAUGAUUAUAAGGAGGCUGAAAAGUUGCCAGAGCUGGAAGAAAAACAAAAAGCGUCCAAGGCUUUGCUUGAAUUGGGGGGAAGAGCGAAGAAGGAGAAGCUUUGGUCAAAGCGAGCACUGCCUGAGCAAAAAAAUAGGCAAGAUUACAUGACGGCCGAGGAAUUGUUGGCUAAGAAGCAGGAGCAGAGUGGUGGUAGUGAGGUUGUUGUUCAAAAGGUGUUCGAUAUGCGGGGUCCCCAAGUUCGGGUCUUGACUAACUUAGAGAGUCUGAAUGCCGAGGAGAAAGCCAAAGAAGAGGACAUUCCAAUGCCAGAGCUUCAGCAUAACAUUAGGUUAAUCAUGGAUUUGGCCGAACUUGAUAUUCAAAAGAUUGAUAGGGAUUUGAGAAAUGAGAAAGAUACUGCAAUUAGGUUGAAAGAUGAGAAGGAUAGAUUGGAUAUCAAGGUGGCAAGACAGAAGCAGCAAUUGGAUAGGUUCGAGGAAAUCAGGGGUAUACUGGACCGAGUACGAGAAGAGAAUUCAAUGGGAAUCUUAACGUUGGAAAGGCUUUUAAAGUGCUUCACUGACUUGCAAAGGAGGUUUUCUGAAGACUAUAAGUUGUGCAACUUGUCAUGUAUUGCCUGCUCGUUUGCUUUGCCUUUGUUUAUCAGGGUGUUUCAAGGUUGGGAUCCUCUUCGAAACCCGUCUCACGGGUUAGAGGUGGUAUCUUCUUGGAAGGCUUUGCUUCAAGAAGAGGAAUCCUCGGAUAUCUGGGACUCAACUUCUGCUUAUUCUCAGUUGGUUUUUGAGGUUGUGGUGCCCGCAGUAAGAAUAUCUGGUGUUAAUACUUGGCAAGCCAGGGACCCUGAACCGAUGCUCAAAUUUUUGGAUUAUUGGGAAAAGUUGCUGCCCUCCUCAGUUCUUGAUAGAAUACUAGAUGACAUAGUCUUGCCAAAAUUAAAGAAUGCCGUAGACUCAUGGGAGCCGCACCGAGAGACUGUUCCUAUCCAUGUCUGGGUGCACCCGUGGCUACCUCUGCUGGGACACAAGUUGGAGGAUGUAUAUCAGACAAUACGCUCCAAGUUGAGCAAUAUUCUUGGUGCUUGGCACCCUAGUGAUGGCUCUGCAUUUACUAUACUCUCGCCUUGGAAGGCUGUGUUUGACUCGGCCAGUUGGGAACAACUGAUGCGAAGAUUCAUAGUUCCCAAACUGCAGCUUGUCUUGCAAGAGUUUCAGGUGAACCCGGCAAAGCAGAACCUUGAUCAGUUUUAUUGGGUCACAAGUUGGGCUCCUGUUAUACCGGUCCAUCUUAUGGUCGAUAUGAUGGAGAAAUUUUUCUUCCCUAAGUGGCUGCAGGUUUUGUAUCACUGGUUAUGUGCAAACCCCAACUUUGAAGAGGUUACAAAGUGGUUUUUGGGUUGGAAAGAUCUUCUUCCUAAGGAGCUUCUAGCGAAUGAAAACAUUCGCAAUCAGCUCAACUGUGGUCUUGACAUGAUGAAUCGAGCAGUCGAAGGCAUGGAGGUAGUCCAACCUGGCUUAAAAGAGAAUCUCAGCUACCUUAGAGCUCUUGAGCAAAGACAGUUUGAGGCCCAGCAAAAAGCGGCGGUGCAAUCUCAACAAGCUACUGCAAGCAAUAUGGAAGGCCCAGAGUUGAGCAUCAAAGAAGUUGUCGAGGCCUAUGCGCAACAGCAUAACGUGCUUUUUAAGCCAAAACCCGGGAGGAUGCACAAUGGCCACCAGAUUUAUGGCUUUGGUAAUGUUAGUAUUAUAGUGGAUUCUCUAAAUCAAAGAAUAUAUGCCCAGACCGGGGAAGCUUGGUCCAUGGUAUCGCUCGAAGGGUUGCUUGAUGUGCAUAAUAGUUCUCUUUCAAGGAGACGCUAAGACUCGAGAUGGUCUUUGGUGUUAAUUGGAUGCAUGCAAAGCAUAGCAAAUUGUGGCCGAGAUGAGCUGUUUAACAAGUUCUUUUCUGCUGGAAACUGGUUGUGCAAGUUUUGUAAAGAGAGAAAUAAGAUGUCAAAUUGUAACAUGGUACAUUCAAUUGAUGUCCUGUUUGUUGUUUUUACUCUUUAUUAUUAUUAUUAUUGUUGUUGUUUUUUACUUUUUAUUUACAAUACUUUUGUCAGUCAGAUUAGAUGCACAAGUAGCAUAGCAGUCGUAAGAGCUGAGACUAGUUUUUUUUAGCACAGGGGAGCUCCACAAACGACACGUCGAUUCUUUGAAGUUACUAAUUUACCAAUGUUGUCAUGAGAAAUUUUUCUGGUUGUAUAAUGUCGUUACGCUUGCUUAGUAUUUGUGUCCAGUAAAUAUAAAC